AUGUUAGUUGUGGGUUUAACUGGAGGUAUAGCUACCGGUAAAUCUACUGUUUCCAAAUCAUUGAAGGAAAAACAUGGAUUGACAAUUGUAGAUGCUGAUUUAAUUGCUAGGGAAGUGGUUUAUCCUGGAAAAAGUGCUUAUAAUAAAAUCAUUGAUACCUUUGGCCAUGAGAUCCCAGAUUUGGUUAAAGAUGAUAAAUCUCUAAACAGAGAAGCUUUGGGGAAACAUGUCUUUGGUGAUAAGGAGAAUCUAGGCAAAUUGAAUAGAAUCGUGCAUCCUGCUGUCAAACAAGAAAUUGCCUGGCAAAUCAUCAAAGCUUAUUUUACUUUCAAACAUCUUGUGAUCUUAGACGUUCCCUUACUUUAUGAAUCAGGUUUAUAUAUGAUUUGUGGUAAAACUGUUACUGUCACUUGCGAUAAGGAUAUUCAAAUUAAACGUCUUUUAGCUAGAAAUCCCGAAUUAACUCCUGAAGAUGCAGAUAAAAGAAUCGAUAGUCAAAUGAGUGACGAUGAAAGAUGUUAUAGAUCUGAUUACAUUAUAAGUAACAAUCAUGGGUUGGGUGAAUUAGAACAAAAUAUUAUUCACAUUAUCAGAGAGGUUUCACCCAAUAUGAUCUUCACGGUGUUGGACUGGUUCCCACCAUUUGGAAUUUUAUCGGGUUUUUUAACUUUAACGGUUAGGUACCUUGUUGAGAGGUUCAAGGGGACUUGUCCGCCAAAGAGACAAUGA